UAAAUUGCGUGGGUUGACAAGCUGCCAAUAAUUGCCACGUCACAAUUUCGACUAUAGCCAAAUAAUUUUGGUGAUAACUUUUCCCCAUAUGAACAGGCCCUAUCAAAGUUUCUUACUUACUUACUUACUUACUUAAAAAUUUAUUUAACCACGCUGGCCAUACACAACAUAUUUGUAAAAAUACAAUGAGUUGAUUUUCAGAUGGGGCUCUUAACUCACAUCCUAGUCUCUGGUAUAGUGGGCAUACUGCAUUUUAAUCCAUACUGCAUUUUAAUUUCCUCAGAAGGAAAACUAUUCCACAGCAUUGCACCACUAUACUUAAAACUUCGUUUAAGGUAGUUUGUUUUAGGUUUUGGAAGUGCUAGAUUAGUAUCAUUACUUCGAAGAUUAUAUUCUCUAUUAAGAUCUUUAAUUUUUAUAAAUUUUUCUCUAAGACUUGGUAUGCCACUCUCUCGGUCUAAGCAAUGCUUGUACGUGCAACAGUGUUUUCUAGCACUGCUGGUUCUUGGUAUGGACUGUGGAGACUGUCUUAUCCUGUUGAUAUAAUAACUCGUAUUUUUUCAGAUGCCAACUGAUGCUUGGUACUUGUACAAAAGGUCGUCAGCAGACAAUGGAACCGUUGAAAGUUUGAAACAAAUCGGUGCUUCCCCUGAAUGCACAUCUGAUGCUCAGGAACUGCAAUGUGUUGCUGUUUACUGCUCCGAAGAUGAGAAAUAUCUGCUCACGGAAUACACUAAAGCUGACUGUGAGAACACCACAAAACGCUGGUAAGCAGCGUGGGAUGGAACGGGGUUAUAAUCGCGCGCAUCGUCAUUAUCAUUACCGUUAUCAUGAACAUUACCAUCAUAAUCACCAUCAUCAUUAUCACCACCAUUAUCAUCAUCACCAUGCACCAUCAUUACCAUUACCUCCAUUUUCACGAUCAUAGCAUUGUCUAACUUUUAUUCAAGUUAGACUUGUAUAAUGCAGUGAGCCAAUAAUAGGUUUUGAAAUUAAUUGAAAGCCUCGGAUUGAUAGGCAUAAAACUACCUGAAAAUACAAGAAGUAGUUUGACGUUUCAAGCGUAGGCCCUUUGUCGGGAAGUUAGUGGCGGCGAAAGAGCCCGACACUCGAAGUUCUUGUGUUUUUCAAGUUGUUGAAUCCUUAUCAAUCCGAAGCCCUGACACAAAUGUAUUUUAUUCAAAUACAAAUAUUGAAGAAGUUGAAAACGUUAUGAAUAUAGAAAUUGAAAAAAUAUUUCGUUACUGUGCUACAAAUAAGCUUUCAAUUAAUUUGGAAAAGACAAAUUUUAUGGUUAUCACUAACUCAAAAAAGAAAGCUAGAAAUAUACGGAUUAAAAACAUUGUUAAAAGAGACUUUAUUAAAUAUCUUGGUAUAUAUAUUGAUAAUAAUCUAAAUUGGGAGUAUCAGAUCAAACACGUAAAUAGUAAAAUUGCUAAAAACACUGGAAUAAUGAAUAAACUCAGAUAUUACCUAGAUUUGAAAAUGCUUAAACAUUUAUAUUACACUCUAAUUUACCCAUACAUUAAUUAUGGACUGAUGAGUUGGGGUAACACCUAUGCAACAAAGCUUAAUAAAGUACGAACAUGUCAAAAUAAAUGUAUAAAGAAUAUGUUUUUUGCAUCCAAAAAAGAAAGUGCAACAUUAUACAUGAAUUUACUUUCCAUACUAAAGCUAGACAACGCUUUUAAAUUGAAAAUAGCCACAUUUACAUACAAAAUUAUAAACGAAGAUAAAAAUAUCCCUAGGAUAUUUACAAAUAUCAUUUCCACUGCAUCUACUCAGCACUCUUAUUCUACUAGAUUUGCUGAAAAACAAAAUUUUAUUAGGUCGAAUGCUCGAACAAAUUAUGGAAUCUUUACUUUCAGAUUUAUUUCAUCAAAAAUUUGGGAGACAAUUCCUUACCAUAUAAAAGAGUCAAAUUCAGUUUCUGUUUUUAAAAAUAGGUAUAGUCAAUUCCUUAUUUAUUCCCAAAUAUAAAUACCUACACAGUUCUGUUAUGUCGCCGUCAUAUACUUUUAUAUAAUAGUAUGAUACAUAUAUACAGUGAUCAACUCGAAAGCAUUCCGCUAUUUUGAUCACUGUACACGUUUGUUUAAUAUAGCAGUUUUAAUAUGUGGGCUUUGAUUUUUGUAACUAUAUAAAUUUUCUGUAUGUUAUUCUUACUUAGUUUAAAUACGUGUGAAAUAAAUGUGAUUCUGAUUCUAUUAUUGACACUAUUGUUCAUUGUGUUUGUAGUCUUAUUGAUCCUAUCGAAGCAUUAAUAAAGGCAGUCCCGUUCCUUGAAACGCAACUCCGUCCUUCCAUAGAAAAUCUUGAAGAAACAUGCGCGGUUUAUCCAGCUGAUUCCAACAAGCAAACACCACCACCAACAGUAGGAACACUGCGUCCUGGUGCCACCGUCAAGAUAGUCAAAGUAGGACCAACUGGUUCUGGUGCCACCGUCAAGACAGUCAAAGUAGGACCAACUGGUUCUGGUGCCACCGUCAAGACAGUCAAAGUAGGACCAACUGGUUCUGGUGCCACCGUCAAGACAGUCAAAGUAGGACCAACAGGUUCUGGUGCCACCGUCAAGACAGUCAAAGUAGGACCAACUGAUUCUGGCAACAUUCAGUUGGUUGAUUGCGUUGCCUUGCUAUUCAGCUUCAUUGUUGUGAAACUGUUUGCCUGAAAAACUUGAUGUCUUGCUCAUGCAGUGUGCUGUGUUGGGUUUCUAGCUUUACACUUUAUUUUGCGGUAAACUAUUUUUUCACUAGGAAACAUCUACACAGGCUACAAACCGUCGAGUAAUUACAGGGCAUUAUCAUUGAAUAUUUCUGACAAUAGUGGACAACAGUGCAGGCUAGAUAUUUCAUCACUUGUGUUUUUAUUUUAUUUGGCAACAAAAAUAGAUUACACUACAUUUUGUUUUGUUUUUAACUAAGCCACAAGAAUUUUACGUACAUGUAAUUUACAUACCUUUAUACACUACAUGAACCACGGGAAAUCACAAGCAUGGUGUGUGAAAGGGGGGAGGGGGGUGUAAACGAUAAAUUCUUAUAAUUCAGAAUCCUUAUCCAAAACAAAUUUUGAAGUUGCGAUACACAAACAAAUUGAAGAACAGAGCGUCAAGGUCCGAUUCCAAGAGCGCUUUUUCUCGCCGAAAUGCGAAACAUUUCGCACGAAUCGUGCAUGCGCAGAUAAAUUUAGAUAAAUGAGGCGUGGCGAGAAAAAAAGGAUUCCGCCGUGGUGGAUCAGAUCUUUAAGAGCAAAUGUAAGAUGCAGAGAAAAAAGCAAUAUAUGACGUGCUAUUCUUCGAAACCAAGUUCAUGUACGUUAAAAUGUUGUUAUUUGCUGUUACAAAGUAAUAACUUCAGCAAAGUAAGUGAACGCACUAGCAUAGUUUCAACUGAAGGUGUACUAAGCACUAAAACCAAGACUAAUUACGUGGUCAAAACCCUACUCGCUGCUACAAUACUACACAGUUCUAGUAAGUACAUCAGACUCAUUCCCAGGCCUCUAUAUAUAGAAAUUGCGAUAAGCGCGCACACAGCAUGUUGGGUAUAGGGCAAGACGAAUUCUUGCUUCCUAACUCAAACGUCCUCACUCAAACGCCUGUGUCCGAACAGUACAACACGACUGAAAUGCUUCGCAAUGUCCCAACAUGAAAAUAAUGAGUAGAGAAAUGUCUUCUAAAACCAAGUCUACGACGUAAAGUAAGUAUACCCUACCAUAAUCAAGAUCAUGCGUGGUGAGAUUACGAUUCUUAAACAGACCCAACCACAAUUACGCAGUCAAAUCGUCAGCCUCAAAUUUUUCGUCAUCGUAGAUUUCAGCUCGGAUCGUCUUACCACCAAACCAUCGCCCGUUUAGAUUUGCAACGGCUAGUUCGACCUCUGUAAAAAUAUUU